AUGUCCGAGAACACAAAACCUCGUAAAAGACUUAUCGUCAAGCUCAGUUAUCCUCCUGGUUCUAGAAAACGUGAUUCAGAUUCUUGUGGCACAGAUGAAAACAAGAGAAGGAAGAUUCAAGAUUCUGUAAGACCAACCGUAACAUGUUAUUGGGUUGAUUCUAAUUAUCGUACAAAAACAACACCUUUGUCUCAACCAAAGGACAAUAACAUUGCUGUUGAAAACAAGAACCAAGUUUCCAACACACUUAUGUCUCAACCAAAGGAUAGUAACAUUAUUGUUGAAAACAAGGAGAUGAUCGAGAACCAAGUUUCCAACACAGUUAUGUCUCAACCAAAGGAUAGUAACAUUGCUGUUGAAAACAAGAAGAUGAUCAAGAACCAAGUUACCAACACAGUUAUGUCUCAACCAAAGGCUGUUGAAAACAAGAAGAUGAUCAAGAACCAAUUUUCAAAAACAGAAAUAGAUUUUAAUGGUCAGAAGGAAAGUUCAAGACUUUGUACGAAAACGGCCUCAGUCACAAGACCUGAAUUAGGAUAUGAGAUGGCGAUUUCUCAUAUUUAG